GGACUAGAUGACCUUUAAAGGUCCCUUCCAAACCCAAGGCACUCUUUGAACCUAUGAAUCUUGGGCUUGUGAAAGCUUCCAAUUUAAAAAAAAAAGUUCCAAAGUUGCUUUUUGAAACUGAAAUCCAAUCUGCUGUUAUGAAAGUCACAGUAUUUACAUUUAGAAGAGCAUCCAAAAGGUUUGAGGAUAUUUGUAAACGUGUUGUAUACUUGUUUGUAAACAGAGUACUAUUAAAGAUGGAAAGGAAGUGUUUGCCACCAUUGCUGUUAUUACCUCAUCAAAACUAGCAAGGGGAGAAUGUUCUUGGAUGCUUUAGGUUAAAACCAGUGGCUUUGGAGCCCUUGUUGGGUAAGAUCUGCUUGUGUGUGUCCAGUCCUGUCCGUGCAGAUGCAGAAGGCUGUCAGCAGUAACUGGAAUUAAUUCUCCAACAAUUGGACUAUUUUGAAACUUGCUGUGUUGACAGUGAUGAUGUAUGAAGGCUAGAAAUACAGAGUGCUGUCUGCAAGAAAGGCUGAACCAGGUGGUCUUCUGCAUAGCACCGCACUAAGGAGGCUUUAUGAGGUAAUUACAAAUGUCCAGAAGUGUUUUCACUGAACACACGGCCUUGGAAGGAAAAAAAAGUGGCUAGGAAAUGGAGAGCUUGCUGUACACUGACAGAAAACUAAACAAACCUGAAACAAAUACAAACAAUGAAGCAAAGCCCUCACAUAACAAAAGAAAUCCAAGAUAUAUCUACAGCAAACUGCUCUAAGUGUUUUCCAAUUCUUUUUGGGUAAGUGUUACCAAAAUAAAAGUAUUUUCAUCAGUCUCUUUAGCUGUAGAGAAACCGAGACUCACAGUGAUCCUUUUCUUGUGCUCUCUUUAAGUCUGCUAUGCACACAGCCGGUGGCAGCAGUGACCUGCACUCUCUACUGAUUUCUAAUACACCUCUGUAUUAACAAUCAUCCCACGCAGACCUGGGACACCUCAUGUUUCAGAAUAUUCCACACAAACCUUCCACUCAAGAGGGUGAAAGAGCUCUCCUCAGACCAGCUAACCCACACGAAAAUGACCCAAGAUGCUUUUAAUGAAGACCCUCCAUGAAGCCCUAAAAGUCUGCAGAGCCCGAGGAUAAAAAUGGGAACUCCUGGAUCAGGACGGAAGAGAACUCCAGUGAAAGACAGGUUUUCUGCAGAAGAUGAAGCUCUGAAUAGCAUUGCCAGAGAGGCAGAAGCCAGGCUUGCAGCCAAGCGGGCAGCUCGGGCAGAAGCCAGAGAUAUCCGUAUGAAAGAGCUGGAGCGACAGCAAAAAGAGCUGGAAGAAAAGAGUGAAAAAUCCCAUUCAGAAAUAUUUUCCAGGCCAUCAUCUCGCAAUUCAGUAAGCGCAACUCCGCUGAGUGGCAGCUCGUCCAGGAGAGGAAGUGGAGACACUGGCAGUUUGGUGGAUCCUGAUGCUUCUCUCAGUGAAUUACGGGAUAUCUAUGAUCUUAAGGACCAGAUACACGAUGUAGAAGGGAGAUACAUGCAGGGACUUAAAGAACUAAAGGAUUCACUAGCUGAAGUUGAGGAGAAGUACAAGAAAGCUAUGGUUUCCAAUGCUCAGCUAGACAAUGAAAAAAACAACCUGGUUUACCAAGUGGAUACCCUAAAGGAUGUCAUUGAGGAGAAGGAAGAACAGAUAGCGGAGUUCUACAGGGAGAAUGAAGAGAAGACCAAGGAGUUGGAAAGACAAAAACACACGUGCAGUGUUCUGCAGCAUAAGCUGGAUGAACUUAAAGAAGGUCUUCGACAGAGAGAUGAAUUGAUAGAGGAGAAUCAACGCAUGCAGCAGAAUAUAGACUCCAUAACCAAAGAGGUGUUUGAUCUCCAGGAGACAAUUAAUUGGAAAGAUAAAAAAAUAGGGGCCCUAGAAAGACAGAAAGAUUACUUUGACUGCAUUAAGAAUGAGCGAGAUGAGCUCAGAGAGGAGUUGGCUGACCUGAAGGAAACAAUGAAGAGAGGAGAGAAACAUGGAUUAGUUAUAAUUCCAGAUGGCACACCAAAUGGUGAUGUAAACCAUGAACCAGUGGUUGGUGCAAUAACAGUUGUGUCACAGGAAGCUGCUCAAGUCUUGGAAUCUGCAGGAGAAGGACCACUCGAUGUCCGGCUACGCAAACUGGCUGGAGAGAAGGAAGAAUUACUGACUCAGGUUAGAAAACUGAAGAUGCAGUUGGAAGAAGAGCGACAGAAAUAUUCUAGAAGUGACGGCAUGAAUCCCGAUAUCAUGGGCUUAGAGAAUGGCUCUGACUUGCAGCUCAUUGAAAUGCAGAGAGAUGCCAACAGGCAAAUUAGUGAAUACAAAUUUAAGCUUUCAAAAGCCGAACAAGAUAUAACGACCUUGGAACAAAACAUUGGACGACUUGAAGGUCAGGUAACAAGGUAUAAAAAUGCAGCAGAAAAUGCAGAAAAAGUAGAAGAUGAGCUCAAAGCUGAAAAGAGGAAGCUUCAGCGGGAGUUGAGAACAGCACUGGAUAAGAUAGAAGAGAUGGAGAUGACCAAUAGCCACUUAAUGAAAAGGCUGGAGAAGAUGAAGGCAAAUAGGACUGCGCUUUUAUCUCAACAGUGAAGUGGAAAUGGCAGCUACGAUGCACUGCUCCUUGAAUAACUAGCCCCUAGCUUGUUUUUAAAUACAGACUUUCAUUGGCACAAACUAUUUGAACACUGAGCUGUUCGUUGGUGGUUUAGUUUCAUAAUUGGACGGCUUACUUCUUUUUGUAACUUAUGAGAGAAUGAAAUGUAGUUUGACUCCCCUCACGAAUGACAGCAGUCUCUCUGUAGUGUUUGAUUCAAGCUCGGAGCUGGAGCACGAUGCUGUAUGUUCGACUUAGCAAUAGGAAAUGUUUUUACAACUGUGGAAUCAAGUUUACUCACCAUCUCUCUGGCUGCUUUAAUGAUGCUUGAUGCUUGGAGACAACUGCAUGAAUUCAAGAAGACACUGUAUUACUGUGUUAUCAACUAACAUAUAUCUGCUCAAGACAUCACACAGCACAAGUGCCUUUUACCUGGUGCAAUUUAGACUUCAUUGUUGAAAUAACCUUUGGAAUCAGAUAACAUUUUAUUUUAAGAUACAUUUGGGGUAUUCACUAAACUUUAUACAUUUUGAAAAUACAGUUUUGUAAAAUAUUUAAAUUUAUAAGGAAAAAAAUUAGGGACUGUAUAUAAAUCUGCCUGUUCUUUUUUUUUUGCAUGGGCACAUUUGAGUUCUAGGUAAUUUCAUCAAAUGCUAGCCCCUGAUACUCUUAGUAUUAAGAGUGCAGAUUAAAAAACAACAUCUGAUGUACAACAUCAAAUUAUGUCAUCUGCUGCUUAUGUGUGAAGUGAAAUUUUAAGGUGGGGGGAAGGGAGGGGAAAUUUGGCUAAGGAGUUUAUUAAAUGGACACUUUACUGACCAAACCCAGAUGUUUUGUGUUUUCUUUUAAAUGCUGGGAUACCAACAGGACAGAGCAAAAUCUUUGCAGAGUAAUAAAUUCUGAUGGCCAUAUUCUCAAA